GCUUCCGGUGCAUUUUAUUAUAGUACCAAAGUUGUGGUGGAAUCUCUCACCACCAGUUCCUCCGUUCAAUUUAUGCAUUCACUUUUCUCUUCAACGACAUUCAAAGCACGAGGCGGCCUCCCGACAGCGGGAGCUUAUCAUUCAGGCGUGUUUUCGUGUUGGAUUAGCCGACUUCACCAUGAACCCAGAAUAUGACUACUUGUUCAAACUUCUGCUCAUAGGAGAUUCGGGUGUUGGGAAGUCAUGCCUUCUUCUACGAUUUGCUGAUGAUUCAUAUUUGGACAGCUACAUUAGCACAAUUGGUGUUGACUUUAAAAUUCGCACUAUGGAGCAAGAUGGGAAGACCAUUAAACUUCAGAUUUGGGACACUGCUGGACAAGAACGUUUCAGGACAAUCACAAGUAGUUACUACCGAGGAGCACAUGGCAUUAUAAUAGUGUAUGACAUUACUGAUAAAGAAAGCUUCACAAAUGUUAAGCAAUGGUUACAUGAAAUUGAUCGUUAUGCAAGUGAUAACGUGAAUAAGCUUUUGGUUGGAAACAAGUGUGACAUGGAUGCUAAUCGAGCUGUGUCUUAUGAUGCUGCUAAGGAUUUUGCUGAUGAAAUUGGCAUUCCUUUCUUGGAGACCAGUGCAAAGAAUGCUAUUAACGUUGAACAAGCUUUCACGGCAAUGUCAUCUGAUAUAAAGAAGAGGAUGGCAAGCCAACCUUCUGGGAGCAAUGCCAAGCCACCAACCGUGCAGAUUCGAGGACAGCCCCUCAAUCAAAAGAGUGGUUGUUGCUCAUCUUAGGCAUUCUAUGUGUGCCCCUCAUCGAAAGUUAUACUCUUUGAGCACUCUUGAAACUUGAGAGUGUGAAUCAUGUGGGUGGGGCUUACUUCAUUAUGGAUGAACAUUGCAUUAGAAGAAAGUCAUUGAAAUUCUUUUUUUAAACAAAUCAUUAGACUUGUUACUUGUUAGAUUAAAUAAACUAUGUUCUUAGUGAUUAAAAGACCUUUAGGCAAGAAAUUUCAUUUUUGCACUUCGUUUGGUAUUAUGGUAGUUCAAACUAAUCUUUUGCAUUGUAACACAUUUCAUAUGAUCGAACAAAAACCGACCG